UAAUAACUAAUAAGUACAUGGCGCGUCCUUUCUAGAUGAUCAAAGCUGGUAAAACUAUAUUCAUACACUUAAAUACAUAGUAAGGAAAUAAACUGUCUAGAACUUAGAUUUUAUAUGAAUUAUACAUGAUAAUGAAAUGUGCUAAGAACCCAUUUUUCAAUACGUAUCCGAACGUUUUAUCUUGGCGCUUCGUAUUUACUUGAAUCAAAAUUUACGACACCAACAUGGCGGAUAAAUCAGAAAGAGAGAAUGAUGGUGAAAACAGUCCGCCAAGGACUCAAUAUAAAAUUAAAGAUGAGCCAAUGGAUAUGGAUUUUCAUGAUGAAGAAGAGGAACCACCAGCUUUUGGGCCUGCCGCUCUUGGGUUGCAUAGAGUCGGCACCAAAUUGCCGCCAAAGCCAACGCCUAGUGAACCCGUGCAAAAAUUGAAUGCUAGAGGUAUGCCUGCUCGUAUCCGAAAGAAAAAUAGAUUUAUUUUUGUGGAUGAAUUUGUGAAUACUUCACCUCCAAGGCAAUCACCAAAGCGAACUCCAAAGAUCCUAUCUAAAACACCCAGCAAACCAUCUAGUGCGAAGAAACAGAAAUCACCCACAAAAGUUCAGAGAAAUUCUGACAAAUUUGAUGAUAAACCUGAUACAUUAGUUAAUCAGUCACCUGAUGCUAAAUCUGGUCAUAGAAUAGGCAUGAGAUUGCGCAAUUUAUUGAAAUUACCCAAAGCACAUAAAUGGGUAUGUUUUGAAUAUUUUUAUAGCAACAUUGACAAAGCAUUGUUUGAUGGAGAAAAUGAUUUUAUGAUUUGCCUUAAGGAAUCAUUCCCCCAAUUGACUAGUCGAAAAUUAACUCAAACACAAUGGACAAAAAUCCGUAGGAUGAUGGGCAAACCCCGUAGGUGCUCUCAAGCUUUUUUUGCUGAAGAAUGCAGGGAAUUAGAAAGGAAGAGAAAAAUGAUAAGAUAUGUACAACAACGAAAAUCUGCAGAUUUAUGUGCGAAAGACUUGCCAAAUGAAAUCCCAAUGCAGUUAGUAGUUGGGACAAAAGUUACAGCCAGAUUACGGAAACCACAAGAUGGCUUGUUUACUGGUUGUAUAGAUGCUGUUGACACAUCUAACAAUACCUACAGAAUAACAUUUGAAAGGCCUAAAUUAGGAACACAUUCAGUUCCCGAUUAUGAAGUUUUAUCCAAUGAACCACCUGAUACUAUAAGCUUAGCAAGUAUAUCACGCAAGUUCAGACCUCGAUAUGUUAUGCAAGAAAUUCUAAAUCUCUAUGAAACUCCAAAUUCUAACUCUCAAGGAGACCCCUUAAUAGGAUGCUCAGACAUUGCCAAACAUAUGGAAUCAACAAUUGGGAGUUAUCCAUUUCCAUUUUUAGAACUUAUUGUUAAAUUAAGAAAAAUAUUGAAUGCAAAACGGGGUAAAAUAAAUAAGUUGAAUGAAUAUAAUUGUGAAGCCGAGAAAAAGAAAUCUUUUGGUCAAAGAAUGCCUGAAGAUUUUGAAAGAAAAUAUGCAGCAGUUGUCAUUGAUUUAGAAAGAAUUAAUAUGGAUUUGCAAAGUUAUAUCAAUGAUAUACAACAAUAUUGUCAACAGAUAGCACCAGGUCCUUGUUUAGCUGCAAUGUUGGCCCCAUCACAUCUAAGAGAGAAAUGCCGAGAAGAAGCUUCAAUGCUGGUAGAGAAAAAUAAUAAUAAUUCAGUUAAAGAUUCUUCAUUGAUAGAUCUCAUUACAGACCUUACUGCUCUUAUGCUUCAAGUGAAAAGUUUGGCAGAUUCUGAUCAAAAUGCUUAUGAGUUAAGUGUUCUGCAAGGGACGAUGGAUCAGAUUAAAAUGAAGCUAAAACCUCAAUAUCAAAAAUUAUUUCAGAAUAAUGUUGAGAUUCAUAUGCAUAGAAUCCAAAUGGGCUUAGGUCAAAUGUCAACAAAUUACAGCAACAGUACUUGAAGUAAAAUAUAUAAUUAUUCGCACUAGCUUAUAAGUUGCAUAAAGAAUUUAUUAAUGCAAUAAAAUAUAAAUUAUUGUUCUAUGAUAUAAAAUAUAAUAUAGAUGUGUUUAUAAUUUUCAAAAUUUAAUGUAUUGAGAUAAACAUAUAAUUAAUUAUCUUAACAUUUAUGUAACUUUUAAUAAAUUCAUUUAUGAAUCAAAACUCAAAUUGGUUAGAUAUGCACUAUGCAUAGUGCUUAUAUGGGAGUGCUAUCUGUCCUGUAGGUAAUAUUGUAACUAAUAAGAAUAGAAAAUAAAUCAUUUUUAUGAAAGCA